AUGCCAAGAUAUCUCUUGAAGGGAGCCAAUGAGUACCGAAGAUAUCCAAAGCAGCCCCUUAAUCUCUUGUCAAAUUACAGUAGCACAAACACGGGAAUUCCUCAAAGAAAUGCCGUUCAAUCAUGGACCAAAUUCACUUCGGCCCUACACCAAAAUGGCCCCAACUCCGAAUUGUCCUUGUUAAUGGCCUCUCAAAUGUAUAACUAUGGUAGCAGACCAAAUGGCUAUGUUAUGGUCCACCUGAUCAGGGCAUGUACCAAUCUUGGCUGCUAUUCUGAUGGCUUAAAGCUUCAUUGCCACAUUCUCCAAUCUGGGUUUGUUUCAAAUGCCUUUGUCACUACUGCUCUGAUCAAUUUCUAUAUGAAAUUUGAGUCAGUGAAUGAUGCUCACAAAUUGUUUGUUGAAAUUCCUGAACCAACUGUAGUUUCUUGGAAUUCUUUGAUUUCUGGGUACGUGCAUUCUGGGUAUUUCAGUAAGGCAUUGAGGUUGUUCGUUCAGCUGGAAAGUUCUGAGGUUCGUGCCGAUUCAUUCUCAUUCACGGCUGCUUUGGCUGCCUGUGGCCAACUAAGUUUAUUGCAAUUAGGAAAGUCAAUUCACUCCCAGAUUGUUAAAUUUGGUGUGGAGUUUAGUAUAGUAGUUUCAAAUUGCUUGAUUGACAUGUAUGGAAAAUGCGGAUCUGUAGUGGAGGCCAUUCGUGUGUUCUCCGAGAUGAUUGAUAAGGAUUGUAUAACUUGGAACUCAGUGAUCGCGGCAACUGCUAGAAACAGAAGACUUGAAGAAGCGUUCAGAUUUUUCCAUCAAAUGCCAAACCAGGAUACAAUCUCAUACAAUGAGCUUAUGAAUGGCAUUGCACAGUUUGGCAACAUAGAAGAUGCCGUUGAAAUUUUGUUGAAUAUGCCAAACCCAAAUUCAUCCUCAUGGAAUUCGAUAAUAACAGGAUUUGUAAACAGGGAUCGAGCACUAGACGCGCUGGAUUUUUUCAGUAAAAUGCACUCAAGUGACAUACAGAUGGAUCGGUUCACAUUUUCAAGCAUUUUAAGUGGCAUUGCAAGUCUCUCAGCUCUUACACGGGGGAUUAUUAUCCAUUGUUGUACCCUGAAGUAUGGUUUGGAUGGAUCCAUAGUUGUUGGGAGUGCUCUGAUUGACAUGUACUCCAAAUGUGGGCAGAUGAAGAAAGCUGAGUGGAUGUUUAAAUCACUUUCCAAUAAGAACUUGGUAACUUGGAAUGCAAUUAUAUCGGGCUACGCCCACAAUGGUGAUUCUACCAAGGUGAUUCAACUUUUUGAGCAGUUGAAAAUGAUGAAAAAUUUACAACCAGAUGGAAUCACCUUUCUCAAUGUUUUAUCAGCAUGCUGCCAUAAUCAAAUGUCGUUGGAGGUUGCAAACCAAUACCUUCAAGCAAUGAUAAUGGAUUAUCAGAUUGAGCUGACUGCUGAGCACUGUUCUUCCAUGCUUAGGCUUAUGGGACAAGAAGGAGAGGUGUGGAGGGCAGAGAAGAUGAUAAAUGAAUUGGGUUUUGAGUCCUGUGGAUCGGUUUGGAGGGCUUUGCUUGGUGCUUGUGGAAUUUGUGGGGAUAUAGGAGUUGCAGAGGUUGCAGCAGCGAAGGUAAUUGAACUUGAUGGUGACAAUGAGUUUGUCUAUGUCUUCAUGUCCAACAUUUAUGCACGCUAUGGGAAGUGGGGAGAUGUCGGUGCUGUUAGGGAGUUAAUGAGAGAGAGAAGGGUGAGGAAGGAAGCUGGUUGUAGCUGGAUUGAGGUAGAAAAUGUGGAGCCAAGUUCAUCCAUUGUUUGA